AUGGCCAUGUUGGUAGCGGCAAUGAUGCCACCAAUUGCAUACACAGAGGAAAUGCUUAUGGAAAUGGUGAUGGGACGGAGAAAGCACCGCUUGGUUGUCAUGGAUCUCACCAUAGCUGUCUCGCAGAAGCAGAAAAGGAAAACUACAACUCAGAGAAGGAUAAAAUGGUUUAAGCUGAAGGAAAAUGAUUUCCAACAAGAGUUCAAAGACCGAAUUCUAAGAGAGCUGAGCCACGAUAUGGAAGAUGUGAACACCUGGUGGAAUAAAGCGAACAGUAUUAUAUUAAGAGCUGGAAAGGAAAUCCUGGGCGAGAGUAUUGGAAAGGUUUGGGAAAAUAAGGACAUUUGGUGGUUUAAUGAAGAAGUGCAAGAGAAACUGCUAAAUGAAGAAAAUGAUAGAUAUCUGAGAGGAGAUGGAGAGCCGAAUGAUCAAGAAGGAGCUGAAAUAACUAGGGAAGAGGUGAAUGCUGCACUAAAGAAGAUGAAGAAUGGAAAAGCUAAGGGACCCGAUGACAUACUAGUGGAAAAAGGAGAUAUUCAGAGUUGUGAGAACUAUCGGGGCAUUAAGCUGAUGUCUCACACUUUGAAAAUACUGGAAAGGAUUUUGGCCUCGCGACUUAGACAAGUAGUGCGCAUUGGCCGACAGCAACUUGGUUUUAUGAAAGGGAUCGGAACAGUUGACGGUAUCUUCUCUCUCAGUCAAACCAUGGAGAAAUACCAGAAGCAAAGAGUGCUGCAUAUGGUCUUCGUCGACUUAGAGAAAGCUUACGACCGAGUGCCACACCAAGAAGUCUGGAGAGGGUUUCGAGAGCGAGAAGUACAAGAAAAAUAUGUAAGAAUGAUCCAGGAAUGCUACAAGGACGUGACAACGAGAGUUAGGGCAUGA